AUGGGUGUGAGGGGCCUCCCAGCCGGGAAUGUUUCUGACUGUCCCAACGGAUCCCGCUGGGUGAUGGAUUUGUUCAACGAAUGUGCCCAGGACGGCUGGGACAUCACCAGUGUCAUCCUGGGGCUGGUUUCCAUCUUCUGCUUUGCAGCUGCCUCUUUUCCGCAGUUUUACCAGGCCUGCAAAACAGGCAUCAUGGACCGGGCUCUCUCCAUCUAUUUCCUGCUGGGAUGGCUGGGUGGAGACCUCCUCAACCUCAUUGGUUCCUUCUUGGCUGAUCAGUUGCCACUGCAGGUUUACACGGCUGUUUACUACGUGCUGGCAGACCUACUGAUGCUGUCUCUCUACUGCUACUACAAAGUGAAGAACCAGGCUGGAGGACUCUCUGCCCCCAUCAAUGCAGCCUUCGCCUUCCUUUCCCUGGGGACAGUGUCCACUGUCUCCUUCCUGGGCAGAGAUGCUGCCACAGCCCAGGACCUGGUGAUGUUUAAAGGAAGGUCUCUGCUCUCCACACACAUGGAUGGGCUUGGGUCAAAGGAGGUUGUUGGCUUCACCAUCGGCUCCAUCUCCUCGGUGCUGUACCUGGGCUCCCGCCUGCCCCAGAUCUACACUAACUACAAGAGGAAAUCCACCACUGGGGUCUCCUACUCCCUCUUUGCCUUGGUGAUGCUGGGAAAUUUGCUCUAUGGCCUCAGUGUCCUGCUUAAGAACCCUGAAGCAGGGCAAGGUGAAGGUGACUAUGUUCUGCACCACCUCCCCUGGCUGGUAGGCAGCCUGGGUGUCCUUUCCCUUGAUGUGGUCAUCUCCUUCCAGUUCCUUGCUUAUCGAGGAGGAAGACCCAGCACCCAUGAAGAAAGGGAUGCUCUUCUGGGGGAGCAGGGGGACAGCUGGGAGAGCUGA